AUGCAUAAAGAUGAAAGACAAAGAUGGCUAUUGAGACAUUUUUAUGAAGAGGUUAUUAAUUUUAUGAAAUUUAUUGAUUUUAACAAAGACCCAAAUAAAGAAUUUAAAAAGUCUACAAUAGGAGCUCAUCCAAUCGUUGCCGAAUCGAAUAUGAAUAAAUUUCACACACAAUUCAUUAAAGAUUUCUACGAACUUCUCAAUGAUAAUCUUAAUAUAAGACAAUUUCAAAAUAUCAAAGGGGAUGUAGAAAAGAUUGACAAUGCAGUGAAAAGAGCAAAGAAAUGA